AGUCUUAAUGAAAUAUUCAGGUCAUAACAAUCACCAUUAUAUGUGACACAGAAAUGAAAUGGCAAAAUUGUGUGGAUGCAAAGGCAUUCGCACUUGUCUUCUUUGCGAGAAGGAAUUUGGUAUCAAACCCCGUGGACCUGCCAGUCUUACGGAUCCGAGAGAGACACAUAUUUACUGCCCCCUCUGUAACUUAGCUUGGCGUGGUUAUGAUAUGAAUGCAUGGAAGACUCAUCCCCACCAUGAGGGAACUCCAUUCAGUCUCCCUGGUGUGUUCUUACUGGUUUCUAUUCCACAGCCUGAUUUCCUGACACAGGAGGAGGCAGAUGCCCUAAUGGAAGGUAUGGAUGCAUUACCAUGGAGUACUUCUCAGAGUGGGAGGAGCAAGCAGAACUUUGGUCCAAAAUGCAACUUCAAAAAACAGAAGUUGAAACUCGGAUCAUUCCAAGGAUUUCCCUCGUUCUCAGAGUUUGUUCAAGAGAAGCUGUCUUCAGUGCCACUACUAAGUAACUUCAAGACAGUGGAGCAGUGCAACAUGGAAUAUGACCCAAAUCGUGGGGCUUGCAUCGAACCCCAUGUUGAUGACUGUUGGGUGUGGGGGGAAAGAGUGGUCACGUUGAACGUGAUUGGAGAUGCAGUUCUCACUGUGACCCCAUAUUGUGGAGACAGAUCAAAGUAUAACUUGAACUGGAGAACAGACUACAACCCUUUGACAUCAGAGGUAAAGAACAACACUAUUGAGAAGACUCAAGCCGUGAUUCGCAUUCCAUUGCUGGCUCGUUCUCUUGUGGUCUUGACCGGAGCAGCAAGAUAUGACUGGGAGCACUCUGUCCUUCGAGAGGAUGUCCGGGAGAGACGGGUCUGCAUUGCCUAUCGAGAGUUCACUCCUUGGUUCCUGCCGGGGGGACGUUUCUAUGAGGAAGUGGGCAAAGAUGUCCUUCAGGCUGCUUGCAACUUCUUCUGAUUGUUUUUUAUUUUAGGAUUCUGUUAUGAUGCUUUUACAUUCACAAUCACUUGUGAUUACUAUAUACUAUUUAUCAAGGUUAAUCUUCUCUUGUUCUCUGUUGCCUGUGAUUAUAUGAAAAGAAUGUGAAACUCAGAAAGGAAGAUAUUUCAUUGAAUUCCAAUCCAUCAGAACAUAAUUCAUUCAUUUUUUGGCCCCUCACUGAGGAGCGGAGUUCCUGCUCCCACAGACAUUUGUGUAACCAGCAAUGCUUCAACGUGAAUAAAACAAACA